AUGGUUCCAAUUUCUAUGGAUAAUCCUGCUUACUCAUUUGAAUACUCGCUGACUGAACAACAACCUAAUGCCAAUAAUCAACAAGAACAAAACGCAAAUCGAAAUCAAUCGAAUGCACUAAGCCUUAUCACCGUUACUAACAAAACAAAGAAAACGGCAAUGACACCUACACCUUUGUAUACCACUUUGUUUUCUUCUAAAUUAGUUAUGCCAUAUGAAAUACUUUCAUUAGGGAAUAUUCAUGUUGGUCAACACAUCCACUUUCAGCAGCCACUGGUGCAUUUAUUGUGUUCAUAUUUCUGGCAAUGA